AUCAAAGUCCAAGUUGAAAAUUUUCUCGAAUCGUUUUCUCAUAUUUCGCAAUUGUAAAGUGCAAAGUGGUUGUCGUUGAUUGUAUUGUUUGAUACAAAAGUGAAAACAAAGUAAUAAUCAGUGUUAUAGACUUUUUAUUUCAAGAAUUCUUAAUAUUCCGGAAAAUAUUUAUCCAGCUAAGUGUUCUUCUCUGUUUACACACUAUUGCGUGUACAUUUAGAACAAAAAUCCAAGAUGACUCCAAAUCUGCAAACAUUUAUAAAUAGUUUUCAAAAUCGCUUGGAACCACCUGUGAGACAACAUUUGAAGAAUGUUUACGGUACAUUAAUGAUGACUUGUACGGCUGCGUCCGCUGGCGUAUACAUCGAUAUGUUCACACGAUUUCAGGCGGGUUUCCUGUCUGCUAUUGCAGGAGCAGUUCUAAUGUUAAUGUUGAUUGCAACUCCUGAUGAUGGCAAAAACACCAAAUUGCGUCUAGGAUAUCUUGUUGGAUUUGGUCUGACAUCAGGUAUGAGCCUGGGACCAUUGCUGGACUAUGUAAGCCUUGUGGAUCCUUCAAUUAUUAUCACAGCAUUGUUGGGUACAACAAUUGUCUUUGUCUGCUUCUCAAUUGCUGCAAUGUUGGCUGAACGUGGGAGUUGGUUAUUCUUGGGUGGAACUUUGAUGACCUUGCUUACUUCCAUGACUCUAAUGACUUUAGUCAACAUUUUCAUGCAGUCACACCUGUUGUAUCAAGCUCAUCUCUACCUUGGUUUAAUGCUUAUGUGUGGAUUUGUUUUGUUUGAUACACAACUGAUCAUUGAGAAGCGUCGUAUGGGCAGCAAGGACUUUGUGCAGCAUGCAUUGGAACUGUUUAUUGAUUUCAUUGGCAUGUUCCGGCGUCUUGUUAUUAUCCUGACCCAGAAGGAAGAGCAGAAUCGCCGCCGUAAACGUGAUUAAAUAAGCAUUUAAUGAAACAGCUUUAUUUUUCCCUAUCUUGUAUAAUGAUGUUAGGUGUAUUUUACUUUUAUUGUGUAUAUCUAUUUAAAAUUUAUAAGUAACUAAUUUUUGAGAAUAAAGGUGGUUUAAAAAUAAUAAA